AUGUCUUUCACAGCCAUAAACGGCGAAAACGCGGACAUCCUUUUUGCAAAGCAGAACCCCGACUUAAACGAACUCACCAUGACCACAACUAACCUCCCCAUUCCAACCCAAACCCCAUCUACGACUCCUCGCAAACGAGCCCGCGGAAAGACCACAUUCAACGACAAAGCCGACAACCCCGAGUCUGAACAGGGCCACGGUCAUGGAACCCCCAGCAAAAAGUCCAACCUCAAACUUAAAUCCCCCACUAAAAGACCCCCCGGCCUCGGCCCUAUCCCCACCACCUACGAACAAGCAAGCCCAGAAGACAAACUGCUCAUUCGCCUAAAAGAUGAGGACAAGCCAUGGUCUGAAAUCACAAAGACACUUGAGGAUAGCACGGGGAUGACGUUGGGUGCUGGGCUGCGGUCGAGGUAUGCGCGGAUUAAAGCGAAUUUGGUGGGGUUUGAGGAGGGUGAUGGCCCGAUUCUGUUCGAGCUCAAGAAGGAUAUUGAACAUAAGCAAGAACUUGAGAAAUGGCAGAGGAUUGCUGAGGGGAUUGAGGCAAGGAGUGGGAAUAAGUAUCCGAUUACUACUCUACAGAAGAAAUUUAAAGAGUUGAGUAAGGUCAAUGGAGGUGUUUCAGAUGCGGUGGUGGUCAAGGAUGGAGAGUAA